GGGGGGGGGGAGGAGAGGGGUCCUUUAAAGUGGUUCCACUUGGACUGAAAACAGAGAAGCACUGACAGUCUGACACGUUUCUAACAUCAUUCAGCAGGACAGCCAGACAGACAGCCAGACAGACAGACAGACAGACAGAUAGACAGACAGAGAGGAAGCCAGGGGACGACAUGAGGCGAUCAGCAAUACAAUGUUGCAGAGCUUUGCUACACACAAACUACAACACUGCCCCACAGAGCCCUGCAACCCACAGCCCAGGGACUGGGUUAAAACGAGGUUUCUUCACAACUGGAGUGUCCCAAUCUUACAAUUCAAGAAGAGUGGAAAUAACUUCCCCGGAGCAGAGGAAGGCGUUUUUUGACACUCAUGUCCUGGUCCUGGAGCUGCAAGCAAAUGGUUUUAAGAAAGAGCAAGCUGAAGCGAUCGUCACAGUAAUAGCGAAUCUAACCAGCGCUAAUAUGGAAUCCAUGUACAAAGAUAUGGUUACCAAACCCCAGCAGGAAAUUAUGCUACAGCAAAUCAUGGCUCAUUUAGACUCUAUAAGGAAGGAUAUGGUUAUUCUGGAGAAGAGUGAAUUUUCAAACCUGAGGACAGAGAAUGAGAAAAUAAAAAUUGAACUGGGACAUGUGAAAAGACACCUCGUGGAUGAAGUUAAGAAAAUGCGAGCUGAUACAACACUGGAUUUGAACUUGGAGAAGAGCAGGAUUGUGGAUAUGUUUAGAGACCAAGAAAAGCAGUUAAUGGCAACUAAAACCGAAUUUACUGAAUUGAAUGCAGACACAGCCCUUGGCGUCGCAGAAACAAACAAGAAAAUUGACACAGAUAUAGCUUUGCUUAAGACCAUGUUGGAAUCUCUUAAACUGGAAACUGUGAGAUAUCUUGCAGCAUCUGUCUUCACUUGCCUGGCAAUAGCAUUAGGAUUAUACCGUAUGUGGCAGAAAUAGCAAAUGAAAUAUGACCUCCAGCAACAAACCAAGAAAGCCUCUGCAAAUAAAUCAUCGCGGUUUGACCUUGAAGGGGAAUCCUUGGGACCAGAUACAAUGCUCGGCAUUGUCCAGGACACAAUUGACUUACUGACCCUCCAUAUUAUACUGAAUAAGUGUUUUCAUGGGAACAUAGGAAAUUACAGGAGAAGGAUGUUUCGUUGAGUCUGCUUCAUCACACACGCCAUGUAAUAUAAUCUCCCCUGAUCUUCUGUUCCGAGCAUGCACUAACUGCCCUAUUUAUUAAAAUGCUGCUUCAGAUCCCCACAGAGCAAGCUUUGAGGUUAGGCAGGCACCAACCAGACUUCUGA